AUGGGCACUCAAUCCGGAGGAGAUGUGUUACUGGCCCAAGUUGAGGAUGAGCUGACAUUCACCGCAACGAGUGCGGUGAAGGAAAUUGCCUUUGGAAGCGUUGCUGGGAUGGUUGCUGAGGUGUUUGAAUACCCGUUUGAUUUGGCCAAAGUUCGGUUGCAAGCACAGUUAUUGACCCCAGCAUCGGCGCAUACAAAGCACUUCAAUGGCCCUCUGCAUUGUCUUAUGCAAACAUGGAAGGAAGAGGGGGUGAGGGGACUGUAUCGGGGAUUGCCAGCACCGAUGGUUGGAGCCAUGGCGGAAACCGCUGCACUUUUUCUCGCAUAUACGGAAUUCCAGAAUGUCAUCCGAAAGUUGUCACCGCCCACGUCGUCAACAGAUGGCCGGAAUUUGAAGCCCCCACCUCUGUCUAUCACCCAACUCGGACUUGCAUCUGCUGGAGCUGGUUUCGUGACGAGCUUCGUCUUGACGCCAAUAGAGCUCGUGAAAUGCAAGAUGCAGGUCCAAAUGAUGAACUUUAAGCCCAUUAUUCCCCCUUCAACAUCACCAGGACGUAUUCCUCAUCGAUCAUCAUCCUCUUUGCCCGACGCCGCAAGACAUAUUUCCUCCUCUUCUGUCGCCUCCAAAUAUCCAAAGCGUUUUACCCAUAAUGCCACUUCUCGAACGGCAGAAGCAAUCUCCUCUCCGAGUAAACCUCCAGGUCCUAUAGCCCUCACACGUUCCAUUGUCGACGAGUACGGCUUUCGUGGCCUCUGGUUAGGCCACACUGGGACCCUCCUCCGUGAAACAGGUGGUUGCGCUGCUUGGUUCGUCUGCAAAGAAUAUGUUGCGCGCAAGCUUGUUGAACAGCGAAUCCGUCGAAUGCCUGCUGCAAGCACGGACCUGCUUGCCUGGGAGUCCGCCUUCUCCGGCGCUGUCGCGGGCGCCGUCGGUGCUCUACUCUUCUACCCUGCCGACACCGUCAAGAGUGCGAUUCAGACGGAGGACGAACUGCGGCCUCGUGGUUCUCUGCUGCGCAAGAACAAGCAGAGCACAUUCCUCGGGACGUUCAGGAAGAUGUGGGUGAAGCAUGGGGUCAGGGGGCUGUACGCUGGCUGUGGGAUGACGGUUGCGCGUGCGGUUCCGAGCAGUGGGAUCAUCUUCGUGGUUUAUGAUGGUCUUUCGUCGUGGUUUGCCUAG